GUGCGCUGCGUCCCUCGGACACAGCGGAUCACUGAUCACGGAAAGAGCUGAAGAUGUCGGCUCGGUCAUGUGAUCAGCUGUGUCCAAUCACAGCUGAUCACAUGGUACAUGUACACUGAUCAUCAGGGCACUGAUGAUCAGUGUGCCCUGAUGAUCAGUGUAGCCCCAGCAGUGCCACCUGUCAGUGUCCAUCAGUGCCUUAUGUCAGUGCCUCGUGCCAGUGCCACAUAUCAGUGCCUUGCAGUGCACAUCAAUGCCACAUAUCAGUGCCCAUCUGAGCUGCCUUUCAGUGUCACCCAUCAGUGCCAGUCAGUGCUGCCUGUCAGUGCCAUGUAUCAGUGCUGCCUUUCAGUGCCCAUCAGUGAUGCCUGUCAAUGCCCAUCAGUG